GUCCGCAUACCUUUCCAUCUAGCUAUCACAUUCAAGCACUGUAGAGCUUCUGUCCCUGGGGUCUUAUCCAGUGAGGACUUCUUUUCCACAUCAGAAAAUCCCCACCACAAGUCAAUAUGCCACAUUCAAUUCAUGACCAAGAGACUGUUGUGACUGGAGUCGCCAGCCCUCAAUUAGACCAGUUCAAGUCGAUCCUCUGCGAAAAGGGUCUCUUGUCAUCUGAAGCUCAUGGCCGAAGCUUUCCACAUGAUGAUGAAAGUCUCAGUCGUUUUCUGUCAGCCAACAAGUUCGAUCUGAAAAAGUCCGUUGCACAAUUCACGAAGACAUCGAAAUGGCUUUCCGACGAACGAGUCCAAGAGCUCUACUCAUCCAUUGACGUGGAUUACUAUGAACGAGCUCGUAGAAUGUAUGGAGCAUGGACAGGCCGCAGAGACCGACAAGGCAAUCCAGUUUACGUUCUUCAAGUCAGCAAGCUGAAAGCCGAAGACAUACAACAAUGCUACGAAGAGGCGAAAACUGUCAAGCAGAACCUUGAAAGUCACAAAGAUCUGGCUACGCUGCCCAAGAUGCUACCCAUAUACGCAGUAGUGCAUAGCGGCCCCGCCUUUGUACUUCCUUUAUGCUCUGCAGUUCAGCCUGCGAGCUCCAACAAACCUCUCACGAAAAUGACGAACAUAAUCGAUAUAUCUGGGGUUGGUUUGAGACAGUGGUGGUUCCUGAAAGAUCAUCUGCAGAUAGCCAGUAUGAUUACUACUGAGUACUAUCCAGAUGUGUUGGACAAGACCAUUGUGGUAGGGGCACCGUCCUUCUUCCCUGUGGUCUGGGGAUGGUUCAAGCGUUGGUUCAAUGCAGCCAUGCUGGAGAAGACUUUCAUCGUCAACAAAUCUCAGAUGCGAGAUACACUUGCCGAACACAUUGAUCCAGAUCAUUUUCCCACAACUUAUGGGGGCAACCUAGAGUGGGAAUAUGGGAAGAUCAAUUUGGAUGAUGUUCUUUUGUCUGAAGUCCAGAAAGACGGAGGGAAAGGGUGGAUCAAGGGGCCUUGCAUUUGGAGCAAUGGAAGGAGAGUAGGAGUUGGGAGUGUAAAUGGCGUAAAGAGGUGAUUCAUUUUGAUUAGCUGGAAUGUGGAGCUCUGCAACAUUGAGAUUCUUCUGUUUGUAACAAUUAUACAAGAAAUAAAUACCAG